CAAUCCAUCCAAGCCGCCAUCAAUGCAGCCAAUUCCGGCUCCUCCAUUUUUGUGAAGCCUGGCACAUACUACGAACAACUCACCAUCACCACAAGCGGAAUCUCUCUCAUCGGCUCGAACGCUGUCCUCGUUCCUCCCAACACGCGCACCUCCAACACUUGCACAGGUCUCGCCGGUAACGACGUCAAUGGUCUCCCAACUCAAGCCGGUAUUUGUGUCUCCGGGUCCGACAUCCAACUCGGACCCUAUCCAGGCCAAGAACACCGCAAGGUGCUCUCAGUUGGCCACCCUAUCAAAGAUGUCCUCAUCAAGGGUUUUACGAUCAAGGGGUUCACGGGACAGAACAUCGCCUUCGUAGGUGGGAAGAACUGCCGUGCUACCAAAAAUAUUCUUGUCGACGGUGCCAAUUACGGCUUCUUGACCGUCGGGUCGGAGAACACGGCUGCAGAUAAUAACGUCGUCACUUCGGAAGCGGCGCCGCUCAAUUUCAUUGGGAUGUGUAUGGACGACCAGGCAAAUCCGCGUGUCGCAAGCAAUGAUAUAUCUAAGUAUAUCAUCGCACUAUGCGUGCAGACAAAUGGCGCGAGGGUUGAAGACAACAAGGUGCAUGAUAGCUGCGUUGGGGCUUUCGUUGAUCCAGGCAUUAUGGGCGCGAAGGUCGUUCGAAAUCAUAUCACUUCUCUCAACCAAGCAUGCACCUUCGGGUUAGCAUCAGGCAUCAUGGUGAAUGGUGCUCAUAAUACCCUUGUCAAAGAGAAUUAUGUGGAGGGGCAAAAGUUGGAUGGGAAGGGGGCGGGGAUUGUUGUGGUCGAUGACGUGCCGAGCGGCAGUGUCGCAUCCGGAAAUGUUGUCGUAAUGAAUGUGUUGCGAGACAACGAUGUCGAUAUCUUUUUCAAAACCACAGGGAAUGGGAAUGUGUUUCUGAAGAACACAUGUGAGACUAUUGUUCCC